CGGAGCCUAGUUGGGACUGGGGCGACUGGGGACGUAGAAGCUGGUGCGGUGUUCCUAAUUCAUCUCCGAGGGCAGCACUAGUAGGGGAAUGCACUCUGCACGUGGUCAGAGAGGCUUGCCCUCCAUUGCACAGGGUGUGCCCACAAGCCCUUGCAUUCUGAAGCAUUUUCAGGGCUGGAAACCUGCCUCUUGUACGAAUGGUGGACUGCUGGGAAUUUGGGGCAGGGAAGGCUAGGCAAGUCUCUCCGGAGGAGAGAGAGACUUUAAGGUGGCAGCUGACAUUCUGCUGAUAAUUGCUGUAGAGCCUCUGAGCAUAUGGGGAGUGUAUUUGUGCAUGCUGAGUAUACCUUGCACAGUUGCUGAACGUGUUAGGAAACUUAACAAGAUGGAACAUCAUCAUCAUUAUUGUAGUGCGUUUAUGCCCCACGGAUCUUCCUUUUGCAAGGACCCAAGGCAGCAUAGAAGAUUCUCCUCUCCAUGUUAUCCUCAGCCCUGUGAGGUGGGUUAGGCAGAGAAUCUGAGACUGGUCCAAAGUCACCCAAUCAACUUCAUAGCUGUGGGAGAAGUAGAUCCCGGAUCUCUCAGUACAGCAUUCUUAACCACACUGUCUCAAGAAGUCUUGGAAGUGCCUUAGCUUACCACAGAAAGCCUGUUCCUCCACAGGUAGCUUAGGUACCUCAUGGCUUUGAUUUCUGAGCUAAACCAUUCAGGAUGCUUGGAUUGAGGGAGGGAGGGAAGGCUGUUUCUGUUGUGCAAGCAUCGUGGCUUUUGUCCUGUAGAACGCUAUAAUCUUGCAAUAUUCUGAGAUGCCCCAGGUAGACAGACAAAAAUGCCUCUCGUUCCCCUUCCCCUCUGCAUAGGAUGCCUGCAGGCCUCCAAGAUUGGGGGCUCACAAGCAACAUGAUAGGAUUAUGUUCCAAGGCUCUUUCUGGACUAGCUGGUGGUAGGAAUGCCCAGGGUAAAUUUGCUUGCCAAGGAGGAGCACAGGAAUGAUUAACUUAAGGAGCAAGUGUAAUGCAUGAAUAAUGCCAGGGCUGAUCAGUUACUAAGGGGAGGCAGCAGAAAAGGAGAUAGGUAGCCAGUAGCCUGGUGCACGGGAUAAGGAGGGGCUGUGCCUGCAGGAUGCUCCUGUCUGAGUCCCUGGUGUGUUGGAUGGGCUCUGUUGGAAGAGUGGCCAGCAGAUCGUCACGGUUCAGCAGGGAGUGUGGUGAAGCCAUGCCAAGGAAGAGCCACAUAGCAGAUGGCCUGGGUGUGGCUUUCCCCAAGUCUGUUCUUUAGGCAAGAGCUGCUUUUAGGCGUGAGCACUGAAACUGUUUCUUUUACAGAAACCGCUUCUCCCGCACUGUCUUCCAGGAAGGGAAGUUAGAGCCUCUGUAGGUUGAAACAGUGGCAGAGGGGAACUUUAUAAAAGUCAUGGCAAGGGGUGUUGUGUUUGUUCUUGGCAUGGGGAGAGGAAUUCCUGUGUGCCUUGCCCAGGCAACCUGAAGCGAGGUUGAGGGGAGCAUCUGCUUGUCCUUGUGGGUUCGUAUGAAUAGCUCUGUGCAAGGGGACCCUGCAACAGUGUUGCAGCAGAGAGUGUUGAUGUUUAGGUUGCCAGCCAACUAUUCCUUCUUGUGGUACAUUUGCUUAUCUUCCCCAGCAGACGGUCAGCAUUCUGUGGCCACUGAGUGUACUCGGUUCUCGUUUGGCUUUUUUAUUUAUUUAUUUUUUAUUUUCUUGUGAGGUGGCUGAUUCCUUAGUGUUUCCUAAACAGUCUUCUGCCUUGCCAAUCCAGGGGUUCCAUGACACCUCCCUUUUAUCUCUGGGUUGGCUUAUUUUGCCUGCAGUCUUGUGCACUACUCAAGGGACCAAUUAUUGUGUCCAGUGCCGGAGGGAAGGCUGAGGUCACCAGUAAAUUCAGUGGCAGAGAGAGAAGGCAAGUCGGGGGGCUUCCUGAUUCAUGACAGUUGGUCAGCCGUUAGGAUAACCCAUCGCUCUGUUACUCUGUUUCCCAAAGACUUGGAUUAAAUCUCCACUAGAAUUCUUUUUGCAAACUUUUGGAUAAACAUUAGGUCAUCUGAAGCAAAUAUUUUGCUUAGCCAGCUUUGUACCUGUGGGAACACUCAAGCUUUGGAUUCCGGUCGUUAAUAUGAUUCUGGACACAAUAACAUUUUUUGAAGGAAAAAUGGUCAGUGAGUAACAUGAAGAUGCUUCAGUAUCAAGCUUUAUUUUUAAAAUACCUGUGAAUUCUCUCUAACCUGAACAUCAGAAUCUUAUCUGAAGAUGAAAGAACCCGAAUACCUUUUUUCCUCUAACUUCAUUUCAUCAUAUCUGAGUGAUGUGGUUAAGGAAACCAAACACUUCACAAAUUAGCAAUAAUCAAGCACUCAGAUAUCAGGGAAACUUGGGGCUUAGCCACCUUGCCCUGGCAUCGUGUGCUUCGCUCUCUGGUUUCCUGUUUUGUUGGCAGUUGUCUUAACAGAUGACACAGGAGCAUGAGAAUUUCUUCCCUUACUCUGUGCCGGAGAACUGAGCUAAUGCAUCGGUUGUCCAUUACUUGUUCUGCGGUUUCUGCCCUGGCUUUAAAACUGCCCCCUGCAGAUGUUGUUCCGUUUUAAGUUGAAAGCAUGGAAGUGCUUUGCAUUGGUUUACCGUGCAGGGAAAUCUGAAGCUGAUUUGCGGAUUUACAGCCUGCCAUGUCUGCAAAAUAGCGAGGUAGAAAAUGUCAAAUUAUUAGAUCGGUAUACCAACCGAAAGACAGCAAAUGGGACGCUGUAUUUGACCGCAACUCAUUUGAUCUAUGUGGAUGCUUCAGCUGCAGUUCGAAAGGAGACAUGGAUUCUUCACCACCACAUCGCUGCUGUGGAGAAGCUGCCGCUGACGGCGUCUGGGUGUCCGCUGCUUAUUCACUGCAAGGACUUCCGUGUGGCUCACUUCGUUGUUGGGCAGGAGAGGGACUGUCACGAAGUCUACAUGUCCUUGCUGAAACUCUCACAGCCAGUGAAACCAGAGGAGCUGUAUGCAUUCUCAUACAACCCCAAAAUGCCCAAGGACAACCGGGAGAUGGGCUGGAAGCUGAUAGAUGUCAAAAUGGACUACCAGCGGAUGGGGAUUCCAAAUGCCUACUGGGAAAUCUCGGAUGCUAAUAAAGACUAUGAGGUCUGCAACACGUACGCUCCAGAACUAGUGGUGCCUAAAGCAGCAACUAGGGCGAUGGUGCUGGGGAGCUCGAAGUUUCGAAGCCGAGGUCGGAUACCGGUGCUUUCCUACUUCUACAAAGAGAAUAAUGCUGCCAUAUGCCGAUGCAGCCAGCCCUUGUCCGGAUUUAGCGCUCGCUGCCUGGAGGACGAACAGCUGCUGCAGGAGAUAAGGGAAGCCAACCCAGGGAGUCCAUUCAUGUAUGUUGUUGACACAAGGCCCAAGCUGAAUGCCAUGGCCAACCGAGCGGCAGGGAAGGGCUAUGAGAAUGUUGACAAUUACGACAACAUCCGUUUUAAAUUCAUCGGUAUCGAAAACAUCCAUGUGAUGAGGAGCAGCCUGCAGAAGCUCUUAGAAGUGUGUGAAGCGAAGUCUCCUUCGAUGAGCGAUUUCCUUACUGGCCUCGAGAACUCCGGCUGGUUACGGCACAUUAAGGCUGUAAUGGAUGCCAGUGUCUUCCUCGCAAAGGCAGUGACAGAUGAGAAGGCCAGCGUCUUAGUCCAUUGCUCGGACGGCUGGGACCGCACUGCCCAGGUCUGCUCCUUGGCCUGCCUCCUGCUGGAUCCCUUCUAUCGGACAUUUAAAGGGUUCAUGGUCCUGAUAGAAAAGGAAUGGAUUGCAAUGGGACACAAAUUCUCACACAGGUGUGGCCAUCUAGAGGGUGACCCCAAGGAAGUGUCACCUGUCUUCACCCAAUUUAUUGAAUGCACCUGGCAGCUGAUGCAGCAGUUUCCCUGCGCGUUUGAUUUCAAUGAGCGCUUUCUUUUUGAAAUUCACGAUCACAUCUACUCCUGCCAGUUUGGCAAUUUCCUGGGGACCUGCCACAAGGAGCGGGAAGAUUUGAAAAUCUUUGAGAAGACACAUUCCCUUUGGCCUUUCCUUCUCCAGAAGAAGCAAGAGUUCAGAAAUCCACUCUAUAAAGGAUUCACAGCUUACAAGGAACUUCAGCCCAACACUCUGCCAUUCAGUUUUCAGUUCUGGUGUGGCAUGUAUAACCGGUUUGAUAAAGGGAUGCACCCGAAGCAGUGUGUGUUGGACCAUCUCCUCAGCUGCGUCAGCCAGAAAUUGGAGUUGGAAGAUGUUGCCACUGAACUGGAAAAUAAGUUGCCUCUCAUGGACGGGCACCUGCCAGAUGAGAUUCCCAUCUUAACCAAAAUGGUGACCAGUUCCACCAGCUGCUCCAAAUCGCCAAUGCUCAACACUCCCCAGGACUAUGAGGGCGAAGAAGCCCCUCCUCUCCUAGCCAACGGCACGAUAGCAGGGAAAGAUGGUGACGGGCCUGAUCUGCAGCUGAAGAGGAAAGAGAGUCUCGGCAAUCCCCUUGCCGUGCCGGAGGGUGACGGUGCCACUCCCACCAGCGGGACCCUCCAGUCCACCGCCCGGGCAGGAGAUCUCCAGGACCAUUGAACUGAUCUGCGCCUCUGCCGUGGGAACCCCGGGGAAGCGGCAAUAAAGCGCGUGAGACCUGCGGCCAGGUGCGGGGAGAGUCACUCCACCCGUGUGCGGCUGUUGUGUUCUUUUGUGUGCAGAAGUGUUCAGUUCUGUACUUUGAAGGCGGGAAGAAGAGACAACUUUUGAAACGCCCAGGAGCGAUUCAGAGGGAGGGCACAGGGCUCUGGUUUGGGGCCCGGCAGGUUGGGACUGGGCAUCCCUGCCAGAACAGUCAGAGACUCUUCUUUUCUGGUGACGAUGCAGCCGAGUCCGUCCCCUACUCCAUAAAUCCUUUCCGUUACCGGCUUUUGAGGCAGGGGAGGGCAUUUUAGGAUGGGGGGAAUGAAAAUCUCAGUAUACACAAAAUCUAAUCCGUAGGGACAGCUACAAAUGUCAGUCCCUUAAAAAGAAAGGACUUUUCUUGGCUGGCUUGUGAUACCUUGCAUGGGAAUUCCAUUUUGUGGCAAUACUGGGUUACAUUUUGUUGGCCCUGCACAUAUUUUUGUAGUAGCUGGUGCCUUUUAACUUUGUUUUCAAGUGGGAGAUCUCGUGAUGUCCAACCCUUGGCAGUGUGGUACUUUAUUACUGUGACAUGUGGCUGUUACAUGUGAGUGCCUAGUGAAUGUUUUUGGAUCCGUACUUUAAAAAAAAGAUGCUUAGGACUUGU